AUGACUGUUGUUCCCGAUUACUCUGUUACAGUGAUACAGGGUCAGGACUACUUGGGAGUGACUUACACUUCUACUCAGAUCUGCGCCUUGAAGGGGUCAACGGUGAACAUCCCUUGCACCUUCACAUACCCAUCGACGGGAAAUGACGGAGUUGAGGGGGGAUUAUGGUUUACCAAAGGGAGGAGUCGUUCACAUGUGGAUCUGACAACCGAUUCACAUUACAGAGAUCGUGUGGAGUAUCGUCGUCAUGAGGACGACUGCACUCUGAGAAUCAAAGACCUGAGAGAGAGCGACUCAGCUGAGUACGAGUUCAAACCAAACCAACCUGGUGGAGGUUUGACUGGUUCACCUGGAGUCUUUUUGUCUGUCACAGCUAACUACACCUGGUACAAGGAGGGUGAAGACUCACCAAAAGCAUCAGGACGGAUCUUCACCAUCACUGACUUCAGAGCUGAACACAGUGGGAAUUAUUCCUGUGUAGUCCUCAACAGCAGAGGACGUCAUCACUCCACCUUACAUCUGAUUGCUGUGGCAGGAACAUGGAAAUUAUUAGCUGUAGCAUCAGUUCCUACGUUUGUUCUCGGGAUCAUAUUCAUCUCCGUCUUCCUCUGCAUCAUAACGAAGAAGACCUCCAAGCAACGGUCUGAGCGUGGAGAGAGACCUGACGCCAGCGAACGAAUGGAACCAGCAGAGCAGCAGGAUGAACUUCACUACGCCAGUGUCCACUUUUCCAAAAACCAGGCAGAUCCGGUCUACUCCAACAUCGGACCGGCUCCGUCCAGAAGAUACGAAGAAGAAACAAGGGAAGAAGAAGAGAUGAUCGUCUACGCUGCCGUGGCUUUGAACCCUGUGGCCUCGAGAACCAGAGGUCAGGAUGCUGCAGAGGAUCCAGCUGCGCUGUACUGUAUGGUCAACAAAGAGAGGAACCUCUAGUCUACUUUCCAUCCAUGUUUUUUUAAUCUUCAUGAAACUAAAUUAUGUUUUGAAGCCUAUUCCUCAGGACAGGCUUGUCUAAGAAUACUGCAGGGCCAUACAUAAAACACACAUUUGAAUUAACAAAUUAUACUGAAUAUAUUGCAGUAUAUAUGACAAUAUAUGCGAUUGUAACCACCGUACUAUGAUAGACUUGAUAUGAUAGGCAUCGCAUUUUUGUUUUUUUUAUUAUCUAUUAGGGCUACUAUAUUAGUUUGACAUUGUUUUUCACCGUGAGCACCAACUGGAAGAUUCUAUAUCUCUAACUUUGUAUGUAUGAGCUUUUAACAGCUGAACCUGACAUUAGAAACAAGCAGGACGAUGCGUCACAGACACCCAUAUUAAUUAACUGUCUUCCUCAAAUCGGUUUUCGGUCUUUGAUAUGAUGGCAUCUGUCCGACAUAUAGAGCUCAGGAUAGACAGACACGGCCAAAACGAGCUUGGACUCCAUGUUCUAACGUGAUGUCACCAUCGCUUUUCUGAAAAGUUCAGAGAUUUUCAACUUGAAGUGCUCGGAGCGGUCACAAAAAGAAAGGCGAAGGUGGAAAUUAAAACUAGCCAGACUUGUUCCUGCAGUAAUGUAUAUGUGAGCUAAUAACAGGUCAUGUGUC